UCCGUCGGCGACGCGGCGCAGGCGUGGGUCGGGCGCGGGAAGAAGGCGGCGGCCCCGGCAUGAAUAGCGGCUUCGGGCUGGGCCUGGGCUUCGGCCUGACGCCCACGGCGGUGAUCCAGGUGACCAACCUGUCCGCGGCGGUGACCAGCGACCAGAUGCGGACCCUCUUCACCUUCCUGGGAGACAUCGAGGAGCUGCGGCUAUACCCCCCGGACAACGCGCCUCUUGCUUUUUCCUCCAAAGUAUGUUAUGUUAAGUUUCGCGACCCAUCGAGUGUUGGUGUGGCCCAGCAUCUAACUAAUACGGUUUUUAUUGACAGAGCUCUGAUAGUUGUGCCCUGUGCAGAAGGGAAGAUCCCGGAGGAGUCCAAGGCCCUGUCCCUGCUGGCUCCCGCCCCCACCGUGACCAGCCUGAUGCCCGGGGCCGGGCUGCUUCCCAUCCCGACGCCGAACCCCCUGACGACGCUCAGCGUCUCACUGAGCAGCUUGGGAGCCAUCCCGGCGGCGGCGGCGGCGGCAGCGGCGGCGGCGGCGGCCUCGUUAGAUCCCAACAUCGCCGGCCUCGGCGAGAUCCCCCAGCCACCGCUGAUGGGGAACGUGGACCCUUCCAAAAUCGACGAGAUCAGGAGGACCGUCUACGUCGGCAACCUGAAUUCCCAGACGACCACGGCCGAUCAGCUUCUCGAGUUCUUUAAGCAAGUGGGAGAGGUGAAGUUCGUGCGGAUGGCCGGGGACGAGACCCAGCCAACCCGCUUUGCGUUUGUGGAAUUUGCCGACCAGAACUCCGUGCCCCGAGCCCUGGCCUUCAACGGCGUCAUGUUCGGAGAUCGGCCGCUCAAAAUCAACCACUCCAAUAACGCCAUCGUCAAGCCCCCGGAGCUGACGCCACAGGCGGCCGCCAAGGAGCUGGAGGAGGUCAUGAAGAGAGUACGCGAGGCCCAGUCCUUCAUCUCCGCAGCCAUCGAGCCAGAGUCCGGGAAGAACAAUGAGAGGAAAGGCGGCCAAUCUCGCUCGCACACACGUUCCAAAUCCCGCUCCAGCUCCAAGUCCCGGGCUCGGAGGAAAAGAUCCCACUCCACACGCAGGAGCAGCUCCCACACGCGGUCCCAGUCCCGACAGAAGGAUCGGCGGCGGUCCAAGAGCCCCCCCAAGAAGCGCUCCAAAUCCAACGAGAGACGACGGUCGCGGUCUCGUUCUCGGUCCCGGGACAAGAAAAAAGACAAAGAAAAUCGUGACAAGAUCAAGGAGAAAGAAAAGGUGAAAGAAAAAGAUCGGGACAAGGAGAAGGAGCGAGAAAGGGACAAGGAGAAGGAACGAGAUAGGGAGAAGGAGCGAGAUAGGGACAAGGAGAAGGAGCGGGAUAGGGACAAGGAGAAGGAGCGGGAUAGGGACAAGGAGAAGGAGCGGGAUAGGGACAAGGAGAAAGAGCGGGAUAGAGAGCAGGAAAAGGAGCGGGACAAAGAGAAGGACAAGGAGCUCGACAAAGAGAAGGAGAGAGAAAAGGAAAAAUCGAGAGAGCGAGACGACAAGAGAAAGAAAGAGAAGAAAUCGCGGACGCCCCCCAAAAGCCACAACGCCGCGCGGCGAUCCCGGAGUGCCAGCAGAGAACGGCGCCGGAGGAAGAGCAGGAGCGCCUCCAGGUCCCCUAAAGCAUCCAAAACCGUAAGGAGGAAGUCUUCCAGAUCGCCGUCCCCACGCAGAAACAAGAAGGAAAAAAAGAGGGAAAAAGAAAAGGACCAAAGCGGCGACCGGAGAGAGCGCGACGGCUCAGCGGCGGCGGCGGCAUCUAAGAAGAAGAGCGGCAAGGAGAAGGAGCGGAAAGAGAAGGCGGAGAAGAGCGCAGCCCCGCUCAAGGAGCGAGACCACAGCAAGGAGCCGCCGCCCCCGCCUCCCGCGCCCCCAGCCGCGGGCCCAGAAGCAGACCGCCCCCAGACCCCCGGGCCCGACCGGGUCCAAAUUCAGCAGCAGAACGGCAACUGCCAGCCCAGCCAAGAGAGCCCAUCGGGGACCACAAACACUGUAUAGGGCCGGCUCCCGGCCGCACCCCAAACUCGACCGGGGACGGAGGGGGGCGGGGGCCGGGGGAGGAGCGGCCGAGAGAGCCGGGGCCCACGUCCGGUUCCCCGAGCCCCCCUCCGACCACCGUCUACCCAGAGAGAGCGAGCACACGAAGGAGGCUAGCACAGGACUGCCGGUGGGCGGGUUUUGUAUGGUUUUCCUUUUUUUAACUGGUGUAUAUUGUUGAAUGAUGUGCUUGAAAUACACAACGCUGUCCGUGAUGACAAGUGCGUAAGCCGCCCUCCCCCGCUCCUCCUCCCGACCCCCGUCCCUUCAGCGUUCCAGCCAGCGGGCCCCGUGUGUCCACGGCCUCGUUUCCGCAGACGGCCGGCUCCUGGAAAAGACGCUCCGUGCGGAUCUUCGGCCCCGGAGCUGUCCUGCUCCGCCACGGUGAAUACAGACUCAGACAAAGAUACGGUUCAAAUUGGGGGCCAGGGGGGAUCGUUCCCACCUCCUGUUCCACGCCCCCAGUCCUAGAAGGGGCGGGCAAAGAUCCGUUUUUUAUUGUAGCGACGGCAGAGGAUACAAAGCCACUGCUGGUUACAUGUGGUGCAGCAGAAACCAGAGUUACGGGGCAGUUUAGGGGUCCCAACCGGUCAUUCCUGGGGGGCAAAGAGCCACGGGGGAGGAGAGGAAGGGGACGAGGGAGAGGACAGCACGGCGGGGGUCAAAGCUGCUUCAGUCGCAGCUGUUCUCAAAGAUUAGGCCUGCCCCUGAGAUGGAGCCCAGCUCUAAAUCAAGGGCACUUGUUCUUAAUACAGUUUAAAUGCAGUCAAACUACUCAGUUGCCUUACCUCCAGAGAAGAUUUCCCCCUAGAAGUCAGGAGGGCCGGGGGAGCAGUGAGGGGGGGUGUCUCUGGGGUGACGAGGGCCCACUGUUCGAGGGCCCGUUCGCCACACGGGCUGGGGACGCGGAGACCGCCGGCCGGGCCCUCGUAAAUGCUUUACCGUGUAAAGCCGGGGCGGCCGGCGUGUUGCGUCUGGCGGCGGCGGCGUGAGGGAGCGUGGCUGACGCUGGCUGGAGUCUGGAAGCAGUCCCGCCUCACCAGAGGCUGCUGGAAUCCUUGUUAUUUUUAGUAUCGUUCCCCCAAUAAAGUUGGAAUAUUUUA